GAACAUCAACACAACAACAGAACAUGUGUGUGUGUGUGUGUGUGUGUGUCCCCGCCCCUGUAAAGCCUCUUCCCUCGACCUUCUCCUGCCCUCCUGACCCUCACAUCCUCCUCAGUGCCGAUGAUGACCUGCUGCUGACGACCUGCCAACACGGGGCUGUACAGGCCAAGAGGAGGAUGCACUGUGAGGGGUGUGACGAGUUCGUCCGUGCGCCGAUUUCGACUGUAUUCGUUGUGUCCCGAGGCAGCAGCGGGAGCCAGAGGGAGAGUGUGACGCAUCUCAAGGCACACCUUGGCCUGCACCUCGUCCCUCCCUGCAGGUGCAUGGUGCCCAACGGGACGCUGCACCUCACCUGGGUCAACGCCCGGAGCAGACUGACGAGGGCAUCCACCAGUGCCUCCCUGGGUGUGGGCACCUUCAUCUCCACCCGCGCCAGGCUCAGCAUUGUUGUUUGGUGUCAGUGUUGGGCAAUGCUCUCUGUGUGCAUCCCCACACACACAGCCUCGCUCUCUCCCCCACCACUGCCAGAGUUUGAUGAGCAGCCUCAGGACGUGACGGUCAUGGAGGGGGAGCGCACUGGGUUCCCGUGUGCCCUGGACACCAUGCCGGCGCCCUCCAUCAAGGGGUUCAGGAACAGUCACCCGCUGGAGCCAGACUCACGAAUGACACGCCUUCCAUCUGGUGCCUUAGAAAUAGAGAAUGUAGCCAUGCCGGGGAGUACUGCUGCCAAGCCAACAAGAGCAAGGUGUCCCAGCAAGCCACACUCACAGUCAAGGAAGCCUACGCCCUGCGGGACCCCCAGCGGCCCGUGCUCACUGCUCAGCCAAAGUCCACGAUAGGCAAGGUGAGGGACAAGAUCACCGUGGACUGUGCGGCCAAUGGCUACCCGGAGCCAGCCGUGGUGUGGCUCAGGGACAG